UUGUCUGUUCCGCGCGUGACGGACGAGUAAUUCUUCGUAGCGACUCGUAUCUGCUCUCGCUUGAAUACGUGUUUUGCUUGUAUACGGAUUAUAUAUUGAUUCAGAAUCAGUGCGAGUUCAAGAACCAAGGAAGUAACAGCCGUCGGCUAGAUGAGCCCUCUAUUAAUUUUUAACGAUGGAUAAUAAACCAAGGAUACUUUUUUGCGUAUUGCUCCUGGCUGGCUAUGGCAAAAGUACUCCAGCCGAUUUUUCCCGCUUCGGUGAGAGUAGCGAUUCCUGUAGUAAUUUGCAGUUCAGAUGCCGAAAUGGCCAAUGUAUUCCACAAGAUCGACUCUGUGACGGUCAUGCAGACUGCUCUGAUAAAUCGGAUGAAACGAGGGAAGAUUGUAAAGAUAUGAGAUGCAGUCCUUACUCAUUUAGAUGUAAUUAUGGUGCUUGUGUCGAUGGAGACUCGACCUGCAAUGGAAUUAAAGACUGCGUUGAUAAUAGCGACGAAACUCUGCCAACAUGCUCAAGAAAUAAUAGUUCAUCCAAUGAAUGCUCCACUAAUCAAUUUAAGUGCCAGAACGGUCAGUGUAUUGAUAGCACGUCUCUUUGUGAUGGAAUUGUUGAUUGUAGUGACAUAUCAGAUGAAACUGCAAUCGCUUGCGGAUCAUUCCCAUGCGACGCAUACGUUUUUCGAUGCGCUUAUGGAGCAUGUAUUGAUGUCGAUUUAAGAUGUAAUGGUGCAAUAAACUGCGCAGAUGGAUCUGAUGAAGAUCCAUCUUUAUGUGCAAAAGGAACAACUUCUCGGCCAAAUACCUCGAGACCUACAAGUUACCGACCAAAUACUCAAAGACCUACUCAAAGACCUACUCAAAGACCUACUCAAAGACCUACUCAAAAACCUACUCAAAGACCUACUCAAAUUUAUCCGAGACCUACUCAGCCAUUUACUCAGAGACCUUCGACAACAGAAAUUACUUGUCCAGUGCCUCCACAACCGGAAAAUGGACAAUAUAAAUUGUACAAAAGUCAUUGUGCAAGCAGAGAGCAUUGUGAUGUGAAUCCGAGAGUUCAGUCAUUAGAAAAAGGCACACAAUUAGUUUACAGUUGCAAUUCUGGAUAUAAAAUGAAAGGAAACGUUGAUGUGCUUUGCGGCCCGGACGGAAAGUGGCUACACAUACCACAGUGUAUUGAAAUAAGAUGCGAAGCACUGUCUUCGGCGUCCAGGAAUGCAGAGUGUACAUAUCACAAUAAGGACAUUUCUUGCUAUAAUUCCGUCCCUCCAUUUACGACAGCAGAAUUGUCCUGCAGUCAAAGUUACCAUCCAAUUCAAAGUGACUUCAGUAUAAACCCUACAAAAUACAGAGUCGCAUGCAAUGAAACGGGUCAUUGGACGCCAGAUCCAAUCCAAUGUGUUGCAGAUUGCGGUAUGGUUGUUGCGUCAAAUGCAACAACAUUCAUUGUAAAUGGUCAAACUGCAAAAGUCUCAGAAUUUCCAUGGCACGCGACUUUAUAUAAAGAGGAUGUUGGUAGCGGCGAAAAAAAAUUUAUAUGUGGUGCUUCAAUAAUCCGAGAAGAUUUAUUAAUAACAGCAGCACAUUGUGUGUACGAAGAAAACACUGGUCGACCAUAUCACGCUUCUUUGUUUUACGUCGCGACUGGCAACGUUAUUCAAGAUUAUGAGACUUCUUCACCAUACACCAAAAAAAGAAAGGUAAAAAAUGUCUACGUUAUUUGCUCGUUCAAGGGCGCUCAGGGACUUUACGCUAACGACAUUGCAUUAUUGGAAAUUGAAAAGCCUUUCACGCUGUCUGCUCUGCUAAUGCCAGUCUGCUUAGAUCCUAAUGCGUAUAACGAAGAUUUAACACCAGGAGAUCUGGGAAAAGUUGCUGGAUUUGGAAGAACAGAGACGGGAAGUACCAGUUAUAUUUUAAGGAUGAUUACAGUUCCCUAUGUUUCAAAAGAUGUGUGCGAAAGCAGCGCCUCCGAAACAAACAACGUACGUUUCAUUACCGCCGAUAAAUUCUGCGCUGGAUACACAAAUGGUUCAUCUGUAUGCGAUGGUGAUAGCGGCGGCGGAUUGGUAUUCAAAAAAAGGGAAUUAUAUUUCUUGCGAGGGAUCGUGAGCCUUGGGCUUGGUGCACAAAAAAACAGUGCAGACAGAACUUGCAACAGUUUCACGUACUCUUUAUAUACCCAAGUUGCAGAGGGAAAUUUAAAAUGGAUACAAAAAGUAAUUUUAAAAUUACAAACUGACGGGUAUUAUCCACCAUGCUACACAGACCGAGAUGACUAGUUUUAAGAGUAUUUUUUUCAUUAAAAUUUUCGAUUGAAAACAA